AGACUGUUGCUGGAGACAUGGACUUAAGAGGUCUAAUAACCGGGGUUGGACUGUGGUAUGAGAACUUCAUGAAAAACGCAGUGUUCUGGUUCGGUGGAAAAAGACUGAUAUUGGCUGUUCAUCUAGCUGUUCAUCUAGCCCUGGCCUUCUGGGGUUGAUGAAAUAGCGCUGACCAUCAUUACAAGAUUCUAGGACAGAAAAUUGGUUUCUGAUGUCGUCACCGCUCCCCCAGACCGUAAUAAUCGUGGCGUACAUCUACUUUGUCACACGGCUGGGGCCCAGACUGAUGGAGAACCGGAAGCCCUAUCACCUCAAAGAAGUCCUCAUCAUCUACAACUUCAGUGUGGUCGCCUUGUCCCUCUACAUGUGUUACGAGUUUGUGAUGUCGGGCUGGGGUACUGGUUACACGUUCCACUGUGACCUGGUGGACUACUCUGACUCUCCACAGGCUGUGCGGAUGGCUGGGACAUGUUGGCUGUACUACUUCUCAAAAUUUAUAGAGAUGUUGGACACUAUUUUCUUUGUCCUGAGGAAAAAGAACAGCCAGAUUACCUUCCUCCAUGUCUACCAUCACUCCAUCAUGCCCUUCACCUGGUGGUUCGGAGUCCGCUUUGCUGCAGGUGGCCAGGGGACAUUCCACGCCCUGUUGAACUGUGUGGUCCAUGUUGUCAUGUACAUGUACUACGGCUUGUCUGCUCUGGGCCCUGACUACCAGAAGUACCUCUGGUGGAAGAAGUACCUCACCACGAUUCAGUUGAUCCAGUUUGUGAUUGUGACCACUCACAUCUGGCAGUAUUUCUUCAUGAAGGACUGCCCCUACCAAUUCCCUAUCUUCAUCUACAUCAUCGGCCUCUACGGCCUGGUCUUCCUCCUUCUGUUCCUGAACUUCUGGUACCACGCCUACACCAAGGGUAAAAGACUGCCCAAGGUCCUCCAGGCCGAGACAUGGGCCCACCCAUACAACAAAACCAAUGGCGAUAACAAUGUAGAAAUGACCAACGGAAAUGGAUACCAUCACAAGUCUGAGUGACAGUGGGUCCAGCCAAUCAGGCUCAGGUUUGGGGGUCUAUCUCAUUUGAAUAUCAGCCUAUUCAGGAACUGAAAUUAGACUUGGAACUUCAAAUUUAGGAAUUCCCAAGUAUUGUUUUCCACUAUGAAAUUUGGUGCACUUUUGAAUUUGAAGAGAAUCAACCCCAGCCCUCUAGACCUCCUGAUCGUUUUUGUUCUCUCUGCGAAGGCAAUCUCAAAGUUAUGACAAAAGCUGUACUGAAUUGGACCAAUUUACAUUUUUAUAUGUGCUUUAUCUUUUGUGUUGUUAUGAAAAGCCGUAGUAGAAGCCAAUGAGUCUUUUUUAGUACAUCUUUUUUAUGUUAGAUAUGUUAGGUUACCCUUGGUGGGCAGUUCAGCAGCAUUGUCCACUGCUCUUCCAUCACAACCCAUACUUCCCCUGAUCUCCUCUCCACUCCUGUUCCACCAGAACCCAUACUUCCCCUGAUCUCCUCUCCACUCCUGUUUCACCAGAACCCAUACUUCCCCUGAUCUCCUCUCCACUCCUGUUCCACCAGAACCCAUACUUCCCCUGAUCUCCUCUCCACUCCUGUUCCACCAGAACCCAUACUUCCCCUGAUCUCCUCUCCAGUCCUGUUCCAUCACAACCCAUACUUCCCCUGAUCUCCUCUCCAGUCCUGUUCCAUCACAACCCAUACUUCCCCUGAUCUCCUCUCCAGUCCUGUUCCAUCACAACCCAUACUUCCCCUGAUCUCCUCUCCAGUCCUGUUCCAUCACAACCCAUACUUCCUCUGAUCUCCUCUCCAGUCCUGUUCCAUCACAACCCAUACUUCCCCUGAUCUCCUCUCCAGUCCUGUUCCAUCACAACCCAUACUUCCCCUGAUCUCCUCUCCACUCCUGUUCCACCAGAACCCAUUCUUCCCCUAAUCUCCUCUCCUCUGCUGUUUAGAGUUGGUGCUAAAUCACUCUAGUUUUGCCUGUAGGAUUCAGAUAAUUUUUUCUAUCUUGCAAAACUUUUUAUAUUUUUAAUACAGUAUGUUUGUAUAGGGAGUGGAGUGUAUUAGCGUUGAACUGCUGUUUUGUAAAAUUCUCAUCCACUUCUGUCUGGUUUGAGUCACAACCUCUAACGGUGCUGAGAAACUCGGAAUGCCAACCUGCUCCUAAUCUCCUUUAUAACUGUUUUGUAUUUAUAAUGUCCAACGGAAAUUACAUUGAAGACAAAGUGGAAAGGUGUAGUGCAACACUGUUCUUGCAGGAACCGGAGCAACGUUUUCAUGUCACAAGCAUGGCAUGAUGGCACAUUUUUAAAAAGGGAGCCAUUAGUUUGACCUGGAUGAAAAAAAAAUGUAUAUCCACUGUUCCAAAUUGUUCAGUACUUGUUUCUUUUUAUGCCAUGGUUAUGACAGUUACAAGUAGGCUUUCCCACUGGGUGUGAUCACAUUUGGUGUUCCCCUCAGAGCUCCACUGGUGAUUGAGGACGACGCAUUAGCUGAGUGUAGGAUGGACCUCCAGAAGUGUGGUAAAACCCCAUUGUCUUGGGUUCUGGCCGAGUCCAAUAAGCAACAGCGAUGGAGCUGAUCUGUGAUGUAUUUCCGGAGGUUGGCUCUAGUGUCAGCAUGUUAUCCCCAUGGGUUACGAGUCACUGCCUUUGUCUGAGCCCCUCCGGGUCCUUUAUCUGAGCCCCUCCGGGUCCUUUAUCUGAGCCCCUCCGGGUCCUUUAUCUGAGCCCCUCCGGGUCCUUUAUCUGAGCCCCUCAGGGUCCAUGUUGUUAUGAGUGUCCUCCAGACAUGAUGCCACUGUCAUUCUGUAUAAUGUUAAGUGAAAUUGAAUGCAUUUGUCUAUUUAUGAUGUAAAAUAAAUGUGUACUGUAAUU